AUGGCUCAUGUCAGUUCUAAUCCGCUACGACACUCCGACCUCUACAAUAGAAUCGAGGACUGGAUCACUGAAUCAGAUGCCGCACAGAAUGGCUACGAAGCACAAGAUACACGAAGCUCUCUACUCCACCCUCCUUACUAUUACCUACAACCGGUGUCUUAUGCCUUUGACAAAGAUCGAUACGAUGAAAUAAUGAAGAGAAAUGCGGAACUUGGGAACAUGCCAACCCGUUUUGCUGAACGGCAGCCAGGGUGGCUUGGGCGGGAGAAUUAUUACGCUCAAAGAGGAGGGGUCACUAUGUGUUAUCCCUCUGUGCAGCAACGACAGGCUCGUGUGAGUCAGAUGGCUUCACUCGAGCCAACAGAAUCCCAACAGCCAGGUGCAUCAUCAACAGUAAAUGAUAUGGAAACAUCUUCAAACACCGAAAAAGGGGGACGGAACGGUUAUGAGCGGCAGCCUCGACACAGAACCAAGAAAGACCGAUAUGAGUACAAGGUUCAGAAUAAGAAGAGCAGCGAACGCUCCCGUUCGAAGAAGAGGACAAACAACGACAGCUUUCGUGCCCCCAACGUGCCCUGUGAUCGUCUUACUCUGAAUCAAAGGUGCCCGAGCGGGAUUUUCAGAAGAGGAAAGGCAUCAUCUCCUGUCAGAACCCGCAGCCGCGAUCCGUCGCUCGACUUCUUCGGAUUUGAUACGAUUCUGAAUUCAGAAACCAAAGCUAGUGUUGGCUCUGGUUUCUCUGAAAGCGACUUUCUUCAUGGGAGCAAUACCAAUCAAGCUACCCUAAACGGCCCGACCUAUGGACACUUCGAGGAAGAAUGCGGUUCGAUCACAGGGGGGACCAUGUAUAAGAAUGUUGUCUCGGACACCCCCUCUGCAGUCGCCCUCUAUCGCUCACAAGAAUUACCCAAAGCAGACGACCUUGCUACCGAGCCCAAGGCAAUGACUGCCAUUUCAGAACCUGCUACAGACAGUUACGUGUCUGCUCUUGUUAACCCGCCAAGUAGAAAUUCUGAGGUGCACUGUGAUAAGGAACCAGGCUCCCAGUUGACUAGUCAUAAUAUAGUCGAUAAUACAAGCGUAGAUGAAGGCCAGCGGUGCUCCACUAGACUUGAUGGAGUCUCUCAGAAGUGCAAGCAUCCCUGUGACGCCAUGAGGUUGGAUGAGCUCGCAGACAGAUCUGUUGAUGAAAACAAAGCAGACGACCAAGGGAUCAAGGAACGGGGAUUAGACAAGAAAGUUGUGGCAGCUCCUGUGCACGGCAAUACUAUCAGCCAAUUUGCCUGGCCCAAUGCCAGCAAGUGCCGGCAGCCAACCUUGGAGCCUGGCAGCACCUCCGUGGCUGACACUGAGGAAUUUGAUUAUGAAGGAGCAAUGGGUGCCAAGCUCCGAAAAACAAUCACACCAGACUACGACCUACUCUCCCGGUUCCUGAAUAAUGGCAGCAGGGAUAAGUCGUCCUUGAUGUCCGAUGUCGACAAUCGUGGCGAAAACAUGCAGGGUCAUCAGAGCCAAAUUAGACAGAUGAUCGAGGAACCAGAUUAUGAGAGCUUGGACUUUGCAGGUGUGCCUGAAGCCAAUGACUGCUGUUCAGAGUUGGCGAGUUUGAUUGACAUGGAGGAGUGGGAGAUAGCAUCUGUCAUUGUUGAUAUGGAUACAGAGCUUGACACCCAGGUCUUGAGUAUGCCAACCUCGAGUGCAGCCGUCUGCAAUAAAACACAAGAAAUACAGGAACGCCUCGAGGCCACACAGCUUGGCAGAAAUAUUCAGGGAAAACAGCCGCACCAUAUCUGUGAGGCAAUGCUUGAGGAAUCCUUAAUUGCCUUGUCUUCUCCCGACAACAUGCGAGAAACCUCAUCAGCCGCCAAAGGAAGCCGGGUGAGAAACAAAUGCCAGCGGUCAAAACAUGAUAAAUUGGUAGCAUCAGAAGCCACGAAUAUCUUCCGUCCGGGGCCCUGGCUGGAGUCGCUGUCACGACGAAGGCGUGGGGCUAUUGGAACACUGAAUGGUCACUUGGACGCCACUGAUGGGCUUGGGACAUUUUGGCAGCAAAGAAUGGGCUACUGA